AUGAGUUAUCCAUGUUUAAUGCCUGAAGAUGGCUAACCACUUUAAAUUCAAUCUAAAGUAUUUGUUGUAGGUAGAUUAGAUAAAUGUCAUCUUAAAAUAGAUGUAAUUAUUUCUUAUUAAUAAUAGCAUCCAUCUAUUUCUAAACAACAUUGUGAAAUUUUAAUUUAAGAUAAAGUUCUAAUAGUUGAUAAGUAAUCACUUAAUGGAACAUUUGUAAAUGGAGUUAAUGUAGGAAAAGGACAAUAAUUUGAAAUAUUUAGUGGAGACAUAAUCUAAUUUGGAAAAUACCCAAUUCUUUAUACAUUUUAUAGUGAUACAAAGAUGGCAUAUAAAUAAAAGAAACCUAAUUAACCAGUUAAAGAUAUGAAGAUAUCAGUUGUUGAUUUUGUAAAAUAGAAAAAUUUAGAAUUCUAAAAUUAACAAACACCAACUAUUUAAUAAUAAUCUUCUUAAUAAAUUCCAUUUCAAUAAAAACAUUUCAGUCCUGAUUCUAUACUUAUGGCAGAGAAAUAAAGAAUAGAUGAUACAACUUAGGAUUUGAUUAAAAAUAAAAAUAUUGAAACAGCAUAAUAAAUAAUAUCCUAAUUAGAAAGAGAAAACAAUGAUCUAAGAACAUAGGUAUUAUAAUAAUAGGCUGAUUAUGAUAAAAAGUCAUAAGCAUUUCUUGAUUUAUAAUUUAGAUAUGAAAAAUUAUCAAGCGAAUUUAAUAAUAUAUAAGUAUAUUAAAUAGUUAUAAACUAUUAUUAUAGACAAAGUAUCAAUCAGUAGAACCAUUUACAAAGGAUUUAUAAACUAAAUUAGAAUUAUGUAGAAAAGAGAAUGAACUUAGAUAAGCAGAAAUAGAAGAAUAUAAGAUAACAGAUAUUGGAAAGAAAAUAGCAAUAUAAAAUGUAUAUAUAUAUUAUUAAUAAUUAUUAAGUCUGAAAUCUAAUAAUUAAGAAAAAUAUUAUAAUUAAAAGAUGAAGAAAUUUAAGGAUAAAAAAAGUAAAUUACUUAAUUACUCUCUAAUGUUUCAGGAAAGUAAUAUUGUUGUAUAAAUAUAUAGUCCUUAACAUCAUAUAUAAAUGCUUGAAUAAAAUUCUAGAGAACUUACAUAAUUAAAAAAACAAUUAAUUGAGUGGGAAAGUAGAGAUAAUGAAUGCAGUAGAAAAUGGACAUAAUUACUUUAGGAUAAUGCAAGAAAGGAAGAAUAAAUUAGAGCUUUAAAAUAUUAAAUUGAUAGAUUAACACAAAAUAUUUAAUCUAUUCAUUAAGAAUUUGAUAUGAAGAAUCAUGAAUUAAAUAAAAGAAUACUAUAAAUUAUUGAUGCUCAAGGUGAUUAAUAAUAAAAAGAGGCUGCUACAUUUUUAGUCUAAUAAAUUUCUAUAAUUUCUGAAGAAAGAAGAGUUUAUUUAGUUGAAGUAGAAGAAUUAAUAAGGUCAAGAUAAGAAAUUAUUACUGAAUUAGAACUUUUGAAAAAAGAAGAGUAUGUAAUUCCUGAUGGAACUAAUGUGACAUCUUUGAUUAAGGCUUUAAGAUAGAGAGUAGAAGAAUUAAAUGAUAUUUUAAAUGAAUAUAAAUAAAGAGGUAAUAAUAAUAUAUAUAUAUAAAUUUAUAGAUAGUUUUGAUUAAUUGGUAAUUUAAAAGUAAUUGAUUGAAGAAUUAGAAUAGAAAUUAAAUUUGGCAGAUAAAAAAAAUAAAUAAUUAGAAUUAUAAUUGUUUUAAUUAAAAAAUACAUCACCUCAAUAUUAGGCUGAAACUUAAUUUGAAUUCUUUACUAAAAGAAUUAAUGAGUUGACUGCUUAGAUUAAAGAUCAAUAAAAGAAAAUUAAUUAAUUAGAGGGUGUUGAUUAAUAGAAAGAGUUUUAGAUUUAGAAUAUGAAGUAUCAACUUAAUACAAUCAAAUUAAAUGAUUAGUAGAUUAUUAAUCCUAUUUUAUAAAAUGAAUUCAAGAAUGAAAAAUUAGGUAAUGAAUUUGAUACUUGA